AUGCAGGAAUUAGGAGACAUUCCGGAGUUUGAGGCUUGGAGUAGGGAUAUCCUCCAUUGGUUUGAGGGAGCUAGAGGUCCAGACACUGGUCCAGCUUGGAGGUGCAUUCGCUCAGUGCGUCUUCACUACACCAUCCUGAAAAAGCGGGCGAAACUGAGGCAGCUCGAGGAGUGGAGAUCUAAGUGGCUUCCAUGCUUCGGCAGAUUGGUAGGUGGCGAGAUUCGUUGGCAGUGGCACCCCCUGGACUCUGUUCUACGCAUGGACUGGGCCAGGGAGGUGUUUGAAAAGAUGCACAGCAAGGAUGUUGUUUCAUGGAACUCUCUCAUACUUGGAUAUGUGGAAAAUGGAGAUGGCCUGGCAGCCAUGGGCUUACACGCUAGAAUGGAUUGUCAGCCAGACUUCACAUAUGCAGCUGUGAUUAAGGCAUGUGGAAGCUUGGCUGAACUACAAGCUGGGAAAAAGAUUCAUGGCAGCAUGAACAGAGCUGAAGAGUGUUUCAACAACAUGCCCUCUCCAGAUAUAAUCUGCUGGAACUCAUUGCUGGGAGGAUAUAGUUCAUUAGGAGAUUCGACUCAAGUAUUCAGUCUGGUGAAGAAGAUUCAGAAGGCUGGGCUUAACAUUGAUGCCAUCACAUUCAUUUCUAUUCGCAUGGCUUGCAGCCAUGCAGGCCUGGUGGAAGAGGGGAAACAUUACUUCGAUUCCAUGACAGGAUUGGGCAUCAGGAAGAGUGUGGAGCACCAUAACUGUAUAGUCGACAUUCUUGGCCGAGCCAACAGACUUGAAGAAGCACUAGUAGUUGUGAACAGCAUGCCAGUUGGAGCUGAUGCUGUAACUUGGAGGAUUCUGCUCGGAUCCUGUAGGAAAUGGGGGAACGUGGAGAUUGGCAAGGUUGCAUUUGAGGCACUGGUGCAGGCUGUUGGCACAAAGGAAGAUGCAAGUGCCUACGUGCUGAUGAGUGAUCUCUACGGGAUCAUGAGUUCUAUAGACAAGUUUCUGUAG